AUCAGCAUCACACUCCAAACCAGCACAUUCGACCAUCUCACUAGCUAAUCGCUGGUACUGGAAGCAGUAGUAGCAGCUUGCCAAAAAUGGCGCCAUUUCUUGUUGUGUUCGCCGUCAUGGCCGCGGCUUUUGCGUCGGCCUCCGGCUCCGGCGAGCUCACCCCGGACUUCUACAGCGAGACGUGCCCGCAGGCGCUGACGACCAUCAAGCUCGUCGUCGGCGCCGCCAUCUUGAAGGAGCCGAGGAUGGGCGCGUCCUUGGUCCGGAUGCACUUCCAUGACUGCUUCGUCAAUGGUUGUGAUGGCUCCGUUCUGCUGGACGACACCGACGACAUGAUCGGGGAGAAGCUGGCGAAGCCGAACAACAUGUCAUUGAGAGGGUUCGACGUGAUCGACGCCAUCAAGGUGGCGGUGAACACGGCCUGCUUGGGGAAUGUUGUCUCCUGCGCUGAUAUCUUGGCAGUUGCUGCUCGUGAUUCAAUCGUCGCGCUCGGGGGAAGCUCGUACGAGGUGCUCCUGGGGCGGCGCGACGCGACGACGGCGAGCAUCGACGACGCGAACGACGACAUCCCGAACCCGUUCAUGGACCUCCCGGACCUCGUCGACAACUUCGAGUCCCACGGCUUGUCGCUGCAGGACCUCGUCGUGCUCUCCGGCGGCCACACGCUGGGCUACUCCCGCUGCCUCUUCUUCCGCAGCCGCCUCUACAACGAGACCGACACGCUGGACCCGGCCUACGCCGCGGCGCUCGAGGAGCAGUGCCCCAUCGUCGGCGACGACGAGGCGCUCGCCUCGCUGGACGACACGCCGACCACCGUGGACACCGACUACUACCAGGGCCUCACGCAGGGCCGCGCGCUGCUGCACACGGACCAGCAGCUGUACCAGGGCGGCGGCGGCGGCGACAGCGACGAGCUGGUCAAGUACUACGGCGAGAACCCGGACAAGUUCUGGGAGGACUUCGGCGCCGCCAUGGUGAAGAUGGGCAACAUCAGCCCGCUCACCGGCGACGACGGCGAGAUCAGGGAGAACUGCCGGGUUGUUAACCAGUGAGUGAUCGAUCGAUCCUGGUGUGGUCAAGCGACACACGACACGAGUCAUCGCCACGAAUUUGCAUGGCACCUGUGGUAGCUGCUGAUUUCUUGAAGGGUGUGCUUGCAUGUACUUCUGAUUUUGUGAUGGCCUGCUCUUGUAUUUGAAUUGUUUUGAAAAUUAUGUUCCAUUUCAACCAAAAAUUUAAUAUCUGUUCA